UUCUCCAACAGACGGGGAUUAAAGCCUCGAGUCUGUAAUUAUUAUAAAGCAUACGUCAGCAGAUAUCCACCCACCGGAGGGGUGUCCUCCUCGGUGACCGUGAGGCCCGGAGCAGCCAGCCAGACGUGGAUCCAGGAUCAGGACGCAGGAACAGGAAUCUCCUCCUGAGUCGGUGCCACGCCGCUGACUCUCCUCCCCGGUAGCUGCUCCGGUAAUCAGCAUCCUAUGCUCUUCUGCUCAAGAUGGCGGUGCAGGCAGCGGAAAACGACGGAAUAGUGCUGAAGAAUGUGGAAGAGGACCACCUGAACGACUCGCUGGGGAACCCCGGCCUCAUCUCACCUGACAAGGAGGAUUUAUCUCGACUCCUGACUGUGCCAUUCAGCGGCCGCAUCCGGGGAGGCAUGAGGCCAGGGAAGAAGAUCAUAGUGAUGGGCAUUGUGGACCUGGAGCCAGACAGCUUUGACGUCAGCCUGACCUGCGGCCGUGACUCGGAGAAGGAGGAUGCUCAGCUUGACGUGGCGCUGAAGCUCACCGCCCGCUUCACCGACCGCCAGUUCCUCCGCAACGCCCGAGUCUCUGGGAAAUGGACCGAGGAGGAGGCAUCCACCGCCUACUUUCCCUUCAUCCCCGAUCAGCCUUUUAGGAUUGAGAUCCACUGCGAGCACCAGAGGUUCCGGAUAUUCGUGGACGGACACCAGCUCUUUGACUUUUAUCACAAAGUAAAAUCUUUGCAGUCUAUCGACACGGUACGGAUACAAGGAGACCUACAGAUCACCAAGCUCGGCUAACUUCCCGCUCUGCACGUCGUUUGUGAAGUGAGGACUUGAUCACAGAUGACCGCACACACACACACACAAGUAUUACAUCAUCAUCCAUUACCCAUCAUGCAACGCUGGGAUAAAAGGCUCCGGCAGCGACAAGUUAGAGUUUUUCUGCUUCGUUUCUUUCUCUUCUUUCCGUUUGACCAGGAUCUGAUGUGAUGAAGCUGUGUGGGUGAAUGUGUUUGCUCCGUUUUCAGGGAUCUUUCCUCGUAGCCCCAGUUUUGUCAGAUCAGGGAUUAUUUAUAGCACAUUCAUGAAUCCUCUAGGGAAGCAGGGGUGGAGAGCUUGGAAAAAUAACUCUAGAAAGCAGUUACUCAGGUAAAAAUGUCAGAGGAUCUAAUACUCAAGCUUAUUGGCGGAAAAAUUUGAAUUAUUAACGAGCGAUUUAAUCCUUUUAGCUAAACUGAAGGCUGUUCAAAUUGGUCUACAACUUUAAGCGUGUAAAAAAUCUCACAUCUUUUGGAUAAACUGGAAAAUGCAUGUUGAUAUUCCACCCGAGCACGGUGACGAAUGCGCCUCUGAAUCUGAAUAUUCAGCCUGAGCCGCCCCUAAUUCCCACACGGGCUGAAACAUGAUUUUCACAUCGGAUAAAUCUGGUUUAAAGCAGAAAACUGUUGCAGGUUUUCACACGUUUCGGCUGGAUGUGUAAUUACUGUUGCGUUUAUCUUCUGGACACUCUCGUCUUCUGAUCACAUCGGAGCAACACCCUGUUUUCUGAUCGGAGUCCGUCGGCGCUCCUCUGCCAUCCCUUGGGUUUGUUCCAGUUGUCAUGGCAACGCGCUGCAGCCUCACCGACCUAAAUACCCAAAAAUGAGGAUUAUAUCAUGACAAGGAUGCAGCAUCCCAUACUGAAGAAAGUUGAUAGUUUGCACUCAUUUUAGCCAUCAUUGCAGAAAAAAAAAACCCACGUUGGAGUCCAGUUCUGACAGUUUCCUCUGGUGGACGAGGAGAUUAGAGGAAGUUUUUUUUUAAAUAGGCUUUGUUUUCCUGCAAACUUCACCAGAAUGAUCCACUAAAACAAAAUGCAAACUCUCCAUAUUCUCACACAACAGCUCUUCAGUGCUUAUUUAGAAGGAAAAAAGUCUCUCCAAAGUGAGCAAAUGUUGAUCUGAGCGCCAAAAACCUUCAGUCGCAUUCGACGGUCGGUCGGUGUGGAAGCAGGAGCGGAUCCUGGUGGUGUUUGAAUGUUCUCUAUAGUAGCACAGCCCAUAACAGUGAUGCACAGAAUGAGUUUCUGGCUGGUGCCGUUCUAGUUCAUUAAACUCUAUGUCUUCUAUGUUUCCUGUAUCAUUCCACAUCAGCAGACAAACACUAUAAAGCAGUUCCAGCCGUGUUUAAAACAGCCAGCAGUUUGUUGUUGUUGACGUCUGUGUUGCAUCGCAUGGUUUUAUUUUUAGAACAAAUUCCACUCUUUGCAGGACGUCUUUUUGUUGUCUACAACAGAAAGAGAGUUCUGACAAACGCACUAAUAGUUGUUUGUCUUCAAUGCAACACUCUCUAAUAUUACGUCUUAAGGUGCUCUGUUUACUUCCAGUAUGGGAUGCUGAGUGAGGCGACUGCACAGAUUCCAGGCUUCUGUUCUCUAGUAAAGGGUUUAUAAGUCAAAUAAAUCAUUUGCUGAUGCUUUUAGAAAUCAGUUGGGUUGCCAGGUUGUGAAAAAUCCCUCUUGUGUUUGGAAAUAGUGCAGUUUAAAGGUUGUUAAACGUCUAACAAUCCAACAGUUCUGCAGUUAGACAUGCUAAUAAAGUUUUCUGACGGUUUAUAAUAAUGAAUCGAGGCUGUUGCUAAACAGUCUGGUACAGAUGUUUUCCAGUAACUAAAAAGCCACCUAGCUGUUAAUUUUCUGCUCUAUUAUUUAUAAAACGUUAGGAAAUGAUUUAUUAAACGGACUUACUCCACCCUUUAUAAAUGGUCUAUUGAAACGUGGCUGAUUUCUGCUUUUUCUGACUAAAACUUGGAACUGAAUCACCUUUAAAGAGAAAUAUCCACAUUUUAGAGCUGCACAUAAUUAAGAUUUUGACAUUUUCAGCAUUCCAUCAUAACGAGCUAAUGAGGGUUCUCUCUAGAGCUGACAUCUGUGCAGAGCAGUCGGUAACUGAUGCACGCCGUCGCUCACCUUAAUGAAGGAAUCCUCUUUGUUUACCAUCUCAUUACCUGCGUCCAUCUGAGCGGCUUCAUGCACUGAGUAUUUAUUAGUUCCUAGCAAUAACUCGACUGCUCGGGACUCGUUUCCGCCUGGCUGGUCAGCCGAGGUCUUCCUUCUUUUCCUCCCGGCAGGCGCUGGUUUAUUUCAGACACAAACAGGAAAGCUUUUUGUUUUGUUUUGUUUUUUUUAAGCCAGCGUGAUGCAUCAUUUCCUCCAGUAUUACAGCAAGCAGGACAAAUGUGUACAGAUAGCUGUGUUGAUGGGAUGUGUUGUUGGGUUUUUGUGUUCUUUCUAUUAACUGGUGACCAUUUGUAACCCUACAGUUUCCUGUAACGACAUGUUGAUAUAAUCCGUGUGACUCGAGUGACGUAGAAGCUAAAGAUGUGUGUUGAAGUGUUUUUUUUUUUUUUUUGGCAGCAGGAAUCAUGGGGGAGGGAGACGAACAAUUUAAGACUUCCUGAAUUAAAGGGCUCGAAGCAGGAGGCGUUUUGUGUGUGUGUGUGUGUGUUCAUGAGUGUGUGCAGAUCGGUUUUGUCGGUUGUGUUGGUUUCUUUGCAAUCAGCUGGAAGGUACUCGAGCUUUGGUUCAGUUGCACUUUAGAAAACAGUGUUGGUGUCCACUUACAAGACUCACAAGUGCUUAGUAUUACACUUCAAAGGACACUUUUUUUUUUUUUUUUGGUACAUGUGCGUGGAAUAUUGCGUUUCUUCCUGAAAUCUACUAAUCUAGUGUUCACGAUCUCCUGAUGAGCCCAUCUUACCACCAACAAUUUUGGGAAUUCAUAAUUUAUCGCUCUGAAGUAUUAUUUUAAUUGUUCUGCAACCCUUUAAAGGUAUAAGAAAAGCUGAAUGUCAUUCUCCUUCUGAUUGUAAUCCGAUGAUCUGGUAAUAUUCACCCAAGUUAUGUAGGAUCUGCUCUGUUUAGUUGUGAAAUGGACCAUCCCUGUCUUAAAGCCUGUUUAUUUGACCCAGGUCUGUGUGUUACCGAGCAUCUGGACUUUGGAUGUACAUAUUUAUGAUCGUGGCCUCAGUGGGCUUUGUUUUUUAUGGAUAACAAGCCGAGCUGAAAGCAUUUUGUUGUGCAUGUAAGCGAGUACCUGGCGAUUUGUAAAACAGACUGACUUAUUACCGGUGUGUUGCCAGUUUUUGUUUCAGUCAAGCAUGCCGUUUUUAUUUCUUACCGCCUAUCCAACGCGUUUUCUUUCCGCCUGUUUACUUUUCUAGCCUAGCGUGUAUGAAAAUGAAAGCUUAGUGCUUCUCUUGAUAUUAAAUUUCGCUGCUGACACAAACAUUUAGACGCCCACAGCAAGUAUUUGGACUAAUUGAACUAUUUCCCCGUGAUUUUUAACAAGUAGAACGAUGAGGCAAAAUUUCUAAAAAGUGCUAAAUGGCUUCACCAUGUCCAUUAAUGAAGUAGAAGUAGGCUAAUGUGUCGUGUGGUUGUGCAAUCAUGUUAUCAUUUCUAUUUAUUCCCGUGUAACCAGCAGGGUUGAAGCAUUUUUGCUGUUUCUAUGAAUUGAAAAGAGUGUUUUGUAAUAAGGAAAGUUUCCUGCGUGGAUGGAAAAGCCCAGACUGCUUUUUCUUUCAUCUGCAAAACAAGGUUAAACGUGACUUUGACGCCAGUUUUCAGGGAGUCUGAGGAUCACCGGGUGUCGCCUUGUGUGAUCUUCUGAAGGUCUUUCAUCUUCCCGAGCUGUUUGAUCAGCGGAGCAGCUUUUUUCUGGUUGUCACACGGGGGGGAAAAAAAAAAGAAAAAGACAGGAGCACUUCCAAAAAUAAUCAGAAAAUGACCCCAGAUUCAGUGUCUUGUUGACAGUGUUCACAGAACCAGUGUUUAGAUGAAGACGGUACACUUUGACGGUGUUUUUUUCCUCCUCCUCCCUGCUUUUGUAAAAACAGCUACUUUGCAAACCAAUAAACUUCUCAUCUUGGAA